UAUUCUCAAAACAACUACAAUUAGCUUGUAUCACCUCGUUUCCCAGCGGGUUCUUUUGAUAAUAAUUUACACUGGAAUCUUCCUCAGUUGUGAUACAUCAACAACAAGGAGAAACAGGGUAACGAAAGGGCAUAAUUUCAAGUGAAGGACCUGCCUGCGUUGUCUUGUAUGUGUUACACACUAGUCAGUAUCAACGAAGGAAAACGGAAAUAAGCAACAAAGUUCCUACAGAGUCCCGACAAGUAAAUGUCUACCAGCGAGACUUGGCCAGAAGUCACGCUCUGUUGUGGCUGUUGAUGCGCUCUUGUUGUUUACAAAAUGGCAGGGAAUCGCGUUGACUAUUAAAGAACUAAAAAUGUCCCGGAAUUCUAGCAAGAGAAAUAGCUCUAAUCGUGGGUCUACGGGCUCCGACAUUGCUCGAUCCACUUUAAAAGUUUUCCUCUCAAAUGGCGACUCUAGAUCUGUCAAAUGCGGCGAAGCAACGGAUGUUAAGGGAAUUGUUCAUUUGGUGAUUGGCAGUCUUGGUGCUGAUCCAAUAACCACUGGAGACUACUAUGGAAUUAAACUGGAGCAUGUCAACACAAAUGAAUCAUUCUGGCUCAACAGCAAGGUUACAAUGGGUGAGGUACGAGGAAAACAUGAGGCUCUUUACCCUGCAGAUGAGUGGAAGUAAGUAGAAAACAUUUGUUGUUAAUAUGCAACUUAGUCAUUUGACUGCAUAAGGUGAAGAGAACACGCAAAAUCUGGGGCAGUUUCAAGCUCUAGUGCUCUAUCUUGGAACUUCAUAUAAAUGCAAUUGAACCUCUUUAAUAUGGACACCUAAGGGUGUCUACUAUAAAGGUGCCCAUCUUAUCAAGGGACAACUUAACAAUGUUGGUUUAAACAUUUUCAAGCCACAACCAUGAACAAAUUGUGUUCAAAAAUGUUCAAAAACUUGAAAUGAUAACCGUAAUACCCACAGAAUAUGUGUAACGGGGCGGAUGCUGACAUCAAUCGAUCUUUGAAUUUAUUACCAGUGCCGCAUCGGAGAAAUGUUUUAUAAAUAACGGAACCUCCAAGCAUCUAUCGUUCUCAAUUGGUUUAUUGGACUUGAAAGCUCGUAAAAACUGAAAUACAACGAGCAGAAUAAAGCUAUUACUAU